AUGGCGACGUCGGGGAAUUAUUACUAUUCUCCAAAUUCCUUUAUGAACCCGGGACCGGCACCCAAACCCCCGUCGUCCCGGCCGAAUUUUCCCGCCACACCGAUUCACCACCAGAUGAAUACUUUGUCGAUCCAGCGGAGUACUACCGCUACCGUCGGUGGUAUUCAGCGGGAAGGCUGGGCAUCGGUCAAAGAUGACGGGUUCCUAACCAUGUGGCAAAAGCGGUACUUAGUACUCCGAGAAACCGCAUUAGAUUUCCACAAGAACGAUAUCAAGGGAUCCAACGCGGCGCUAUCGAUCCCACUGAAGGAUAUCACCUCGGUAAACCGUGUAGAGAUCAAGCCGUUUAGUUUUGAAAUGAUACGCUUUGCAAGCUCGAACCAAACAUCAUCUACAAACCCAGAUGCGCCGCGGAAGACCAUGUUUAUCGCCGUUAAGAACGAUACAGACCUAUACGGAUGGAUCGAUGAUAUCUACUCGCGGUGUCCGUCCAUGGGCGGGGUUUCCAAUCCCACAAACUUUGCGCAUAAAGUGCAUGUUGGAUUUGAUCCCAUUUCUGGCGGGUUUACAGGUCUACCGCCGGAGUGGGAGAAAUUGUUGAACGCUUCAGCAAUCACAAAGGAGGACUAUCAGAAGAACCCGGAGGCUGUCAUAGAGGUUUUGGGAUUUUAUACUGACAGACAGAAGGAAGAUGCCAAUCAGGUUUAUGGCAUGAUGCCAGGGAAUGGAGUCAAUGAGAAGGAUCUGGGUAUGAAUUAUGGAGCUGAGCCAAAUAAUAGUAGUUCUAGUUUACCUGGGUCGUCUACUCCUUCUCUCAGCGGAUACGGGAAUAACCAGGCUUUUCAGGAUGAACGGUUACGGCGCGAGGAAGAGGAGAAUAGGAGGUACGAAGAGCGAGAGAGGGAGUACAAGAGACAGAUGGAGGAGAAGGUACGGAGAGAGAAAGAGGAAAGAGAAAGACGCGAUAGGCAAGAACGUGAGCGUGAACGCGAACGCCGGGAGAUGGCACAGCAGGAGCAGGAAAUCGAGGAACAGGAACGCCGACGUGAGCAGGAAGAACGCGAGAAAGAACGCCAGCGAGCAGAAAAGGCGGCAAGGGAACGUGAGGCUAGGAAGAAGGCCGAGCAGCAAGAGCUUCUGCUACAAGGCGGCGGCGGCGGUAGUUCUUCUCCAGGCUACACACCCAAGAGAGUUGCACCGUCUGCACCGGGAGGUUCGUCAGCUCGGCCCCCCGCCAACUUGCGCCAGCAACCUACCGCUCUACGAGCCGCCCCCCCUGCUCCAAAUGGUACAAAUGGUACUCGUGCUCCUGGCCAAUCUCCCCCUGCUCAACCACGGGCACCGGCGUCCCCAGCCCAACAACACCAAAGAACACAGGGUACAGCUCAACCGGCUGGUAAUGGAAUCACUCCUCUCAAUGUCAAGUCCAAGAAAGAACCGGAUGCCGCCACUCUCGGUGCUAUCUCGGCUAAGAAGGAGCAACCCAAGACUCGCAUAUCCCAGAUGAGUGAGCAGCAGGUUAUGGAUAAAUUACGCUCCGUCGUAUCGCCCGGUGACCCGAACCAGUCCUAUACUAAGAUCAAAAAGGUCGGCCAAGGUGCCUCUGGAUCCGUUUACGUUGCGAAGAUUAAUACCAAUGCCGCAUCCGAAGCUGCUCGACAAUAUGCGCACGACCAACCUAAUGGGAAACGUGUUGCUAUCAAGCAGAUGGAUUUGGCACACCAGCCCAGGAAGGAGCUGAUUGUUAAUGAAAUCUUGGUGAUGAAGGAGAGUCAACAUCCGAAUAUUGUGAACUUUUUGGAUGCGUUUUUGAAGGGGACAAGUGAGCUUUGGGUUAUUAUGGAGUAUAUGGAGGGAGGUGCUUUGACGGACGUUAUUGAUAAUAAUCCUUUGGAGGAGGAUCAUAUUUCGACCAUCUGCUUUGAGACAUGCAAAGGGUUACAACAUUUGCACUCUCAGAAGAUUAUUCAUCGUGAUAUCAAGUCCGACAACGUCCUCCUUGACGCUGCAGGCCAUGUCAAAAUUACCGACUUUGGUUUCUGCGCCAAGCUGACAGAUCAGAAGGCCAAGCGCGCGACAAUGGUCGGUACACCAUACUGGAUGGCACCGGAAGUCGUAAAACAAAAGGAAUACGGACCCAAAGUCGACAUUUGGUCGCUAGGUAUCAUGGCAAUCGAAAUGAUUGAAAGCGAACCGCCAUAUCUAAACGAGGAACCAUUGAAGGCGUUAUACUUGAUCGCUACGAACGGUACACCAGCAUUGAAGAAACCGGAUAAGCUUUCCAAGGAACUCAAAUCCUUCUUGGCAUUCUGUCUGUGUGUUGACGUUAAGAGUCGAGCGACGGCAGAAGAAUUGCUACAACACGAUUUCUUACAGAAGGGAUGUCCGUUGCAUAGUGUUGUGGAGAGGGAUGAGGAAGAGGUGGCGAUUAUGGCGGUUCGUGAGAUGCUGAUGGAAAGGGAACCGAGGAUACGGAAGGCAGUGGGAAACAAAAUUCCAUUAUAUCUGAUAGUGGAGGAUCCGGAUGAGGCGUACGCAGUGGCGAGAGGGAUGAUGGGAAGUAUGACAACGGAUGCUGUAGAGGAAUCGACGGGAGAGGCGGCGAAAAAUACGGGGAAGGAGAUGGUGAAGUAUGAGCCUCGCUCAGUCUCAACACCCCCGAGUUCAGAGCUUGUUAGGAUACCCAAGACGACUAUGAGCAUUGCGGACAGGCGUUCAUUCAGUUCUAAGCCUGGACCUAGCACGACAACUCAGCCUUCUGAAGAUGUGAAGACCAGAAAAAAGGAACGACCGGCUUUGUUUUUAGACCUAAAGAAAGAAGUGAAGCCGGAGCCGGAGCCGGAGAAACCUCGGAAACGAUUAUGGCCUUUUCGACGGACCUCGACUUAG